CUGUUAUUGCAGCAAAAGGGCGCCGCAUAUAUGCCCCCCACCGGCAAUCUAAACACCGAACCCGAUCUGAAACCGUUGGCCACCGAUGGGGACAAAGAUCGGUGGCGAUGGCGACCACUCGGAGAGACGGCAUCCUUAAAACGGGAACAGCGUUUGGCUGAAGUGCACCGACCCAUCAUCGAGGAGGUGGUCCGCAAAGACUGGAACGGUGUCCUGAAACUGAUGAUCAACGACUUGGGCGCACAGGGAGUGGGCACCGGUGUAGUGAUCGCCGCCGCCAUUAAGACCAAUCGCUACAAUCUGGCCAUUAAACUGUUGAAGAGAGUACACAACGCGCGCACACUUCACAACCCGGAGCGGACACUAUUGCACACACUGGCCAUGGAGUCCAACACUGGCGGCAACACUGGCCUCCAGAGCCAAGUGGUCAAACUGAUGACAACACUCGACCCAAAGCUGAUCCAUACGGUGGACACGAAGUUCUUUUCAAACGCUAUCGUAUACGCGGCCGCCAACUGGAACUGCCAACUCAUGCGCGAGUAUAGCGAGGCAUUGGGCGGCGUCGGCAAAGUGGCCGCAUUGGCGGCCGAUGCCUUACUCCGGACACCGGUGUCGGCACUAUUCUGGUCACUGCACACCCGUACGGAUCAAACUCUGCCCAAAGAUGUGACCGAAUGGCUGUUGAAACUGUUGGCCGCCGAUCCGGAGCUCGUGAACGCUGUGGCCUAUUAUCCAUUUACGGAGAGUCCGUAUCCGGGCGUACGAUUGGCCGCCACGUCCGAUACCAAAGCCUCGGCGCCCGGCGCUGUCAAGUAUACCCCGUUGAUAGUGGCGGUGAUUUGUGGCCACUAUUUGAUUGUUAAGGAUUUGCUUAAUUUGAAGGCUAGCGACGAGUUUGUGGUCGAUGUUAACCGACCGGACAGUUCCGGUCGCACACCACUUAUGCACGCCGUCCGACUGAAUGACAUAAAAAUGGUAAAACUUCUACUAAAUCGAGAUUAUAAGCCCGAAAAGGACCGACGGGUUUGGGCCGUACGGCCGGCACAGCCGCAGUUGGACAACAAAACCUGUGUCGAUACCAAAACCCGGGACACCAACGGCUGGACAGUGUAUCAUCACAUGGCGACCCCUUUGGUUAACUAUACAUAUGCCAACUCCGACGCCGUGUUGGCCCACUUGUGGCCCUCGCGAGCGAUACUGACGCUGACCAACAACGAGGGCCGGACUGCCAACCAAUUGGCCUGCGAUCGGAUCGCUCGUAAUCUGGAGGUGAAGUUCCAGGAGUUGAUGCUUUUCAACUGGAAGGCACCCGUAUUCCCGUCCCUAUCACUGACGGUGGAUGUGUUGGACCGCAUGUUAAACGCAUUCCUCAACAUUAAGAUUGAUUAUAAGUCGGACGCGAAGAAAAUGUGCGAACAGUUGGACGCGGAAGUGAUGGAUACAGACAACGAUAAGGAGCCGGACUUCGUGCCCGAUUCUCUCAUCGGCAUCGACGCAGCACAAAGGGCUGGCAAAUUGCUGGGGUGCGUCAGAAAGGUUAACGCUACUGGUUACCAGAAGCUCCUGGUUGCCCGGGAGUCUCCCGGAAUGAGGGCCCGACUCCCGGCGGGGGUCUCACCUUGA